GCUCUGUUUAAUGUUUACAGAAGGGGGGAGGAGUCAGACGUGUUUUUGAGGCAGAGGUUAAACGAGGCCUGAAACACAGGUUAGAACACAAGAUAAAGACCAGAGGAAGUGGCUGAGAGAGAGAACUGACUUACUGAACGUCCCUGUAACAGAGAGAGAGCGAGCAGGAGAAAACAUGAGCACCCAGGUACCGGAGAAAACAGAGGCAGAAGCAGCGCAGGCAAAAUCGUCAGGCUGGCCGUGUCCCAUUUCAGACAAAAAUGUCAAUAGAGAGGAGGUUAAGCAGAUCUGGAAGGAAUGCCAAGAAGAGAGCUUUUGGUACAGAGCUCUUCCUCUCUCUCUUGGAAGCAUGGCUGUGACCGGGGGACUAAUCUACAAUGGUGUUUGGAAACAAUCAAAGCGUCUGGGACCAUUCCCCAAGCUAGCAGUGGCAGGUAUUCUUGGUUACGCUGUGGGGAAAGCUUCCUACAUGGGAACAUGUAGAGAAAAGUUCCAGAAGCUGGGACCGGAGUUCAGUAAAGGCUUUGGCACAGGCUGGGGUCCUGGCUUCGGAGGCCCAGGCCACAGACACUGCAAUCAUGUAUGUCAAGAGUGUCAAAAAGCAAAAAAAAAAGAAGAUGGAGCAGCACCAGAAACACCUACUCAAAGCUGAGGACACUAAACUUCUAUGCAGAAAUGUGUGUCUUCUUUGACCAAAGCUACACCACAAGGGGGAGCCAAAGCAGAAAAGGAACAGACUUCUGGUUUAUAAUUGUUAUUCAAAAGCUAACAUUUUGUAAGAAAAAUCUAUAAAAGAUCUUAAAAAACAUUUCCUAUAUGUUAUCAUAUUUUUAUGUUUUUUUGUCCUGAAAAAUGUAAUGAAUAAAGUUUUCACAAUACAUA